CUGUCACGCCGCCAUCCCGAUUGAUUCUGAAAUGUCACUUAAAUUUUCAAUAAUAAUUCUCAUCUUUUAAUCAUUUGUGCAGUUUUGUACAGUAAUUUUAUAGCAGUUUUGAUUGUUUGUGUUGUGUUUUAAGUUUUAAAUUGAUGUUGUGUUUGUGGAGAUGGUGAUCAGUGGCGUGGAGAGGGCGUCCCAUGGGAGCCAGGAGCAGGAUCACGAAUUGUUCCACAUAGCAAAGGAGACCAAUUUUGAACCUAACGUAGAGUUGCCUACCCGUCCCAGCGAGCUGCCUACCCAACCCAGCCGCCCGCCUUCUCGCACUAACCAACUGGUAGAAAUCGUGGUGUACCAGGGAGACGAAUCCGACACUGAUUUAACUGAACUGUGUAACGAAGAAAUAUACAAACUACGGUAUACAGACAGACAUAUAUGCGGUAAUCCCUUGUGUUAUAAACACGGCAACUUCAAUACGCAAAGCGAUAAAAUAUCGACUGAUUACAACGAUUCAUUGUUUAGUACUUACACCCUCAGACCCAUGGAUCUAAAUUCUAAUGUCUUCCAAAGAUGCUUGAUAGAUAACAUUUCAUGUAAAUUUAUGGAGGAAAAUUUCACUUUCUACAUGGACAAUGUUAUCAGACAUGUUGAGAACACGAUAGAGCAAUUGAAAAAAAUAAGUAACGGUGAUUAUUUGACAGACAGAGUAAGGCAAAGAUGGUUGGAGGUAGAGAAUAAUUUUAGAGAUAGCAAUAAAGAUGAAGAAGACAAGGAAACUAAAGUAUUAGCCACGUGCGCUAGUAUUCCACUUCACGUGGAAACAAAGAAAAGUGGCCGUGUCAUCAAAUGGGACGAUAUAGUACAUUCAGAAAUAGACCUCCGAUCGCUUUCCAAAAUUCUAGAAAAGAAAAUCGUAAUAGAAAUUCCUAAAAACAUUUGUGGGUCAUUCCUGCUACAAUCCAAGUAUGAUGCGGAUAAUUUAAUAAUAAGUUGCAAGAAGAGUCAUGAGAGUGAAGAAUCGAGGGUUGAUGUUGUGUUUAAGCUGAAGAGAUCGGACAAUGGCGAUUUUAUAAGCAAUGUUAAUUCUAUAAUGGUGUUGAAGAAAGCUCCUGCUUUACAGAAUGUUACAGUAAAUGAAGAUAAACAUUUACUUUCAUUGCCAUCCUGUUCGGGAGAUCAAGUUAGAGAAAUUGAAGACAUAACGCACACUGUACAAAUCACAGACACAAAUACAUUACAGACUGCAGAAUAUCAUAAUAUAGAAAUAACAGAAGUGCCUAUAAAAGAAGCUGAUGUAGAUAAACAUUCCGAUGAAUCUCCAGAGAACCUUGUUGAGUCAUCCAUGGACUUGGAUUCAGAAAAGCAACACAAUGAUUCACAAGCUGAGGAAGAAAAUUGUUUAGAUGCCACAUUCGAAUUAACCGAGUCUGAAUCACAAAGUUCGGUCCCCGACUUCGGCCCAACAAAAGAACAUUUUAAGUCCACUUUGAUAAGGCUGUCACAUACCAACGCCUUAGAUUGCAUGCCAGAGGAAGAAGAAGUUUUAGAGAAAAAGAAAUCGCAGCCUAAAGUCCGCGUCAAAUCCCCUUACGAAAACAAAUCACUACAUAUCGAAGAAAAGAAACGAAAAAAGCUCCUAGAAAUCAGAGCGAGAAGGGAAAGAAGAAAACUGGCAAUGGCCGAAGAUUCUAAGAAAGGAAAGAACUACAAAUUUGCAAAAGGGCUCUUGACACCUCAAGCCAGUAAUUCUGUCACGGCCUUGUCGAUAUCGAAUAAAUCUUUUUAUAAUAACAUUUACGGGGAAGCUUCGUCUGUGCAGAAAAAGACAGUUAAAAAAGAACGUAAGGCAAGGAAAACCGUCAGUGUUCCGCAAAUAGGCGUAAUAACCCUUGAAGAAAGUUCUGUGGCUUCUGAACUUUCUUCCCAAUGUACGGAACUAAAUGAUAAGAAAUACAUAAAUAGGUGCUACUUUCUGGAUGAAGUAGAGACUGAAAUCAUGCAGUCUAAUGAAGACCAGUUGCCAAUAACUCCUGACUUCACAGCAACGGACGCUUUUGAUCACAGUAAUGAAGUAACUUGUCGAUCGUUUAUUAAUUCCUUCGAAGAAAACAUGGAAUGCCCUGAAAUUUCAGACCAAUCUCUUUAUGGAAAAGUUAAUGUUUCUGAAAAUAAAGUUGUAAUGUUAAAACCGGGAGCUCCAAAACUACACGUAGAAAGUAAUGUUGAAAAAUCAGUACGAUUAAAAUGCAAGAAGAGUGUCGACAAAAUAUACGAUCUACUGAAGAAGCUUGAAAACAUUGAUAAUUCUGCUGAAGUGAAAUCUCCUAAAAGUAAAUUUACAGCCGUGAUGGACGACCGUGAACAGCUGGGCCGGGAGAGCCUGACCACGAGGGACACCAACAGUGGCACUAGUCUGAAACAUCAACCUGCGCUCUCUAGCAAUAGUAAUUUUAGUUUCGCAAACCCCACAAACAAAAUUACAGAAAUAAUUGAUACUAAUAAAGGAGACGUACGUGAUAUCAAAGAGAUUAAAGUAGACAACAAACCAAACAUCAUCCAGAAGUCUUCCAUACCGAAAGCAAAGAAAGCUGUAAAACUCCCUGAAGAUCCACUAAAAAUGAUAUCGGAAUUGAUUCAGAACAUAGAUCAUGUGCAGAAACGAAAAAUGAAGUCUAUCAACGCAAAACCUAAACCAGAAACCCAGCCUAACGUCCCUAAUGAAAUCAAAAUCAGGAGACCAGAACCUAAAAGAAACCGCAUUCGAUCAGAACCACCAACAAAUUCAACUUCCUUUACAACGGAAUGUAAAAAUAUAAAACCUCCUCGGAUAUCCAAACCAGCCAGUCCAAUAGAAGACAAAAUUGAGUUCUCAAAACGAAAUAUCAUAGAGAUUAUAGACGAGCAAAAAGAAGCGAGAGGGGAAGCGGUAAGAGGUCCCAGAGAAUCCCGGAUAAACAGCCUCGCACAACCAAGGAGGCUUUAUGUCAUGGCACACAAGGAGGAGAUGCAAAGCAGGCCACAUGGGAAAAUGGUUGAACGAGCAAAGAGGUUAUCGCUUAGUCCAGUGGCAGAAAGAAGAACCGGCUCUAUAACUCAAAAUAAGGUUAGCGAGAGGCAAAGAAAACAGAAGAAGGAAUUCCAUUCGAUAGCUGAUGAUGGAAGAGCUGCUUUGCUUCCAAUAUCCGGCGGUCGCAGGCCGCGCUCUCCGAGGAGACGGGCCAUCAUCGUGCCCACCGUGCUCCCGAGACAUUCUACUUCCAAGGUCCCAUCCUCCUAUGUUGAUUCAACAUCUGUAAUUCACAAGAAUGCCGUGGAGACAGCAGUUUCUAAAGCUCAAAGACCGGCUAGUCCGAAGAAAAUGUGCAUAACUUCUCUAUCGACAUCAUCCGAAGAAGCGUCUAACUAUUUAGAAAAAAAACUAAAUGAAAUGGUUAAUACCGUCAUUGAAUCUGAACUUGGUAACGAAGAUAAUGGAUCACCUAUCACAGAAAUUGAUGAAACGGACCAACCGAUAGCAGCCACAAUAUUACAGGAACCACGUGAUGACUCUUAUCUCACUACUGUUGCAAAUGUAUCUGUUGAGUACAAGAAAAAAGAGACCAAUGAUGGUACUGAUGAUGAUUUGCAUGAUGACGAUGCUACUAAGAAAAAAUCUGCCGGUGAUUAUCGGUAUUCUCCCAACAUUUCACCAACGACAAGUGACAGAAAUGAAAAGAACAAACUGUUAGUUUUGCAAUCUGGAGAUGCCGCUUCCUUGCUGAUACAAUCCAGCUCAAAAAAACUUGUGCCACUAGUAUCUGAAUUGAGCUUAGUUCCAUUGCUAUCCAAGCCCUGGACGCUGAAUAUCCCCAUGCAAAUAUCAACUAUCGGAUACGCGUUUUCAAAAUUCAAUCAACAAAAAAAUAGAUCGAAUACCCAAGAGCUUUCUGUACAGUCUUCAAAUUCAAAUGCCCUUAGUUGCAGAAUGAGAAACGUUGACCAGUUUAUCAGAAAACCCUCGGUGGUCUUUGUACAUCAAUGCUCGCAGGCUGAUUCAGCUGAUAUACUGGCGAAUGGUAGAGAUGAUAGAGAUACUGAAAUAAUUCAGUUAUUAGAAAAGGAUAACCUUGCUGAUAAAAUACACACAGACGCACAAGUGGCUACAGUUGGCACCAACACGUCUAAGACAUCAGUAAGCGAAGGACUUGUAGCUAAUAAAAAUAGCACAGGGGAAAAUCCGAGAAGACUGGACAUUGCUACAAUAUCGAAUGGUAAUGCUAGCGGCGAUCUCCAAAGCAACCUCAACACCAACGACUGCCACUCGCUCGACAUCCUGGCUGGAUUGCUGAACGAGAUCCACAAACUAACCACCUGCCAGACUGACAUCACGAGAUCGUAUUCCACCAAAAACGUAGACAACCUCGAAAUCGAGACACUAUACAAAGAGGUUACGUUCAAAUCGGUGGACCCAAUUAUAUCUAUGAACUCUUUGGAUUUGAAGCAGAUGGAUUCGAAUCCCAGUUUGUACUCGUUUUAUUUGUCCAAUAACGGUGAGUUAGUCGAGCGGCAUACAUGUCGGACACCGGUGCUCAACCAAUCAGCGGUCGCGCAAACUUCCACGAUACUGAAAGACAAAGAGGUCCGCAUGGAUUCUCCUGGAUACGCCCAUCAGAUUACUGAAGUGUCCUCUAGGUUCCUAUUUCAAAAUAAGUCUACAACCGCGCUGGGACUGAACCAAGCAGUUAGUGAACCAACAGUGGUGACCUCUAGCGGUUAUGGGCGUCGACGGAUCUUCGUAGAUCAUGUUAAAGUUGAUAAAAUCACAGAACUACCUCGAAAAUUGGCAGAGAGUGAAGAAGCUAGAAAGGAUGUAAGAAAAUGUGGUCAAAUACCGUCAGUGGAUGCUGCUAAGAAAAUAGUAAAAGCUAAUAAAGCCCCAUGUUAUAAGAAAGAAGCAAUAGUGAUAGAUAGAUAUAGAAAGCAAGAGGUAGCUAUUUAUGAUGCAAGUUUAAAAUUGAAGAGAGAUAUCCUGGUGACUGUGUAUUCAAUAUUGGUGUUUACGGUUUUCGCUGCAUUGUCUAUCCCGGUGUUCCCCUAAAUACCCGGAUACUAAAUAAUCGUUAAAUCAAUUGAUGUAUUUUUUGCUUUCAAGUUUUAAUUUUUUAUCAACCAGUACCUAGUUAUCUGUCUUUUGUAAAUUAUUUAUUUAUGUAAUAUAUUUAAUUAAUUUGCGUAAUAAAAUCAAUGUUUUCAUAAUUUGUCUACUA